UUGUAUUAUUAUCAUGGGGAGCUCAGGAAUGUCUGGCUCGAACUGGGUCUUCGUCGCAACAUCACGGUCAAGGAAGACCCCCAGCCGCCUGGACUAGCACUUAAGCUUCUGCCCUUCCAGAAAGAAGGACUGCAUUGGAUGCGUGUUCAGGAGAAGAGUGCUUACAAGGGAGGUAUUCUUGCCGACGAAAUGGGCAUGGGCAAGACCAUUCAAACCCUUGCUCUCAUAAUGACUGAUCCCAAUGCUGGUCCCAACCUCGUUGUCGCUCCCACCGUUGCGCUCAUGCAGUGGAAAUCUGAGAUCGAGAAAUACACCGGCGAUGCUUUGAAGGUGUAUCUCUUUCACGGAGCAUCGAGAUCCACGGAUCACAAAGAGUUGUCAAAAUACAAUGUCAUCUUGACCAGCUACAACCUUGUCGAGUCUGUGUAUCGGAAGCAACAAACUGGCUACAGGCGCAAGAACGGAAUCGUCAAGGAAGACAGUGGUCUGCACAAAGUCAUGUAUCAUCGAGUGAUUUUGGACGAAGCCCACAAUAUCAAGGACCGCACAAGCAACACCGCGAAAGCAGUGUUUGCUCUCAAGACCAAGUACAAGCUGUGCUUGUCCGGAACACCCCUCCAGAAUCGCAUUGGAGAGCUUUUCUCCUUACUCCGCUUCUUGGAGAUCGAUCCUUUCGCAUACUAUUACUGCCGAAAGUGCCCAUGCAAGCAACUCCAGUGGAAGUUUUCCAACAAUCGCAGCUGUGAUAGUUGUGGCUGCUCUCCCAUGAGCCAUAUCAGCUUUUUCAACUACGAGUGUUUGAAGCCGAUCCAGAGAGAUGGAAACACCGGUGCGGGAAAGAUUGCGUACAACAAUAUCCGUCAUCUUUUGAAACACAUCAUGUUGAGGCGCACCAAGAACGAACGCGAGGACGACCUUGGACUUCCGAACAAGGUGGUGCGCAUCCGCAAGGACAAAUUCUCGGAGGAAGAGCUUGACCUUUACGACUCCAUCUUCUCGGAUGGCAAGAGGAAGUUCGAGACCUAUGUCUCACAAGGAGUUGUCCUAAACAAUUACGCGAACAUCUUCACCCUCAUCACUCGUAUGCGGCAGAUGGCCGACCAUCCGGAUCUGGUGCUUCGGAAGCAUAUCGAAGAUGGACAGGUCACGCUGGUCUGCGGAAUCUGCGAUGAGGAAGCUGAGGAGGCGAUCAAGUCCAAGUGUCACCACACAUACUGUCGCGACUGCGUCCAGCGCUACGUAUCCGGGUUUUGUGGCAACUCGGCCCCCGAAUGCCCCAAGUGCCAUAUCCCGCUUGUGAUCGAUCUUGCUGCUCCUGCCAUUGAGCCUGAUUCCUAUCAGCCUAAGCGUACCAGCAUCGUCAACCGGAUCGACAUGACCAACUGGCGCUCCUCGACCAAGAUUGAGGCGCUCUGCCACGAGCUCUACCGCCUCCGUCGCCCGUACCAGACCACCAAGUCCAUCGUGUUUUCGCAGUUCACGUCCAUGCUCCAAUUGAUUGAAUGGCGUCUCAACCACGCCGGCUUCAAAACCGUCAUGCUACAGGGCUCCAUGUCACCGGCGCAACGCGAUGCUACGAUCAAAUACUUUAUGACCCACGUCGAGGUCGAAGUAUUCCUCGUCUCCCUCAAGGCCGGUGGUGUCGCACUCAAUCUCAUCGAGGCAAACCAUGUGUUCCUCAUGGAGCCGUGGUGGAAUCCCAGUGUCGAAUGGCAGGCGGCCGACCGCAUCCACCGUAUCGGCCAGACUCGCGUCUGCACGGUCACCAGGAUGGUGGUGGACGACAGCAUCGAGAGCAGGAUCAUCGAGCUGCAGGAGAAGAAGACGAGGAUGAUCGAGGCCACCGUCAAUGCGGAUCAAAAGGCUAUGGAACGCUUGACUGCUGACGACAUGAGGUUCUUGUUCCAGAACUGA